AUGGCCUUUACCCCGGCGAAACGCGGAUACAUCUACUUCACGGCCCUCGUGGCCCUCUUCGCGGCCCUGAUAUCCCUCCGCCAGACCUCCACCACCAAGCCCGAACGCCCGCCCCCCGUCAUCGGCAAGAACAACACCGUCCUUUUCGUCACGAACGUCGAGCACGGCCUCUCCAAUGUCCACGUCGCCACGGCCUUCUCGCUCCUCGAGCGCCACCCGGAGAUCACCGUCCACUACGCCUCCUGGCCCAAGAUCCGGCCCAAGAUCGAGCGCAUCUCGGCGUACGCGCGCAAGCUCACGCCCCAGUCGCGCGGCGCCGUCUUCCACGAGCUGCCGCCGCCCAACUUCUUCGACGCCGCGGGCAGGACCUCGCUGAGCGUCAUGCAGCCGCCCGGCCUCGAGGGGUUCAAGGCCAUGAGCGAGGACUUGCUGUUGUUCGUCUCGCCCUGGACGGUGGAGGACCAUGUCAAGAUCCAUGAUGCCGUGCGAGACCUCAUCAGGGACAUUGAUCCUGCGCUCGUUGUCCUUGAUAUGCUUCUUCGACCGGGAAUGGACGCCACGAGGAUUGACAACCGCUUACAUGCCGUCUUGUCGCCCAACGUUCUGGUCGACGCCUUUGGUAUCGAGCAGCCCUGGCUAAGCGGAUUUUGGAAAUACCCGGCGUGA